AUGGCCACUUACGCGGAUCCCGACGCGCAAAUGGGUGGAGGUCCAGGCCAAUAUCCAAGUCAGAAUGGCACCCCGCCGGCCCAACAUCAAUUAACUGACCCCGAACUGCGCCUACAAGAGAAUCUCCAACAGCUGCGCGAGGGAGGCGACAUGAUGCAUACAGCUGGUCCACAACAACCCCAAUAUCAGCCGCUAACUCACAUGGGCCCGGCCAUGGGCGCACAUCCGCACUUCCAGGGCCCGGCGCGUCCAACCCAUUCUCCCCAGCAAAUGGCGCAGCAUGUCAUGAACUUGGAGGGACAUCAUGACCCGUACGACCCCAACGACCCGAGUCGCAAGCGGUCCAAAGUCUCACGCGCCUGUGACGAGUGCCGACGAAAAAAGAUUCGAUGCGACGCGACUAGCGAAAACGGCCCUGAAGCAUGCUCUAGUUGCAAGAGGACAGGAGCACGAUGUCAGUUCAGCCGCCAACCGAUGAAGCGUGGUCCUAGCAAAGGUUACAUCAAGGAGCUCGCCGAUAGGCUUAACUCGCUCGAAAGCCAGAUCCACCAUCCUCCCAACCAGUCGCAUAACUUUGAUUUUGGGUCGUUGGGGGACCAGACCUUUGCGGAUACACAGAGCCCGCCGCAGUUUAAGCGCCAGCGUACGCAUUCCAUGACAGAUGGAUUCCACGAGGCCUUCAGUCGUCCCAAUUGGUCUGGCCAAGAUCGCGGAAACGGGGGCUCAAGCGAGACACAUGGUGUGCCUGUUUUGUCGGAUCAAGAAUCAUCGCUGAACGGCAAUCGCCGCACCUCAUUUGGCGACUUGAGCUUGGGCGGUAGUCUUAUCACAGGCUCAAACGAAGAAACCCUCAAGGCUUACUACAACAUCAUACACCCCACACUACCCAUCCUCCCCCAUCACGAGUCGCAACUAAAUCGCCUCACAAAUUGUCCGCCGAAAUUACGAGAAACGUUCUUUUUGACCUUGGAAGGUUGUAUCCGAUCGCUUGCCUCAAAAUCACUACCACCCAUUGAACUCAGUUUGAACCAAUUGUUGCAACAAUGCUUCACCUCGGUUGAUGCAGCCAACUACUGCCUACACGACACAGAUAGUUCACGCCAAUUCUACAACCAGUUAGUCUGGUGUCAGUCCAUGAUACUGCUGGCUGUGGCGUCUGAUAGGCCAGGGCCGGGUGUUGUGGGCAGUACAACCGCACUAUUGGCAAGGAUCUCGGCGUGUAUCGUUGAUGCAGGAAUAAACGACUCGAGAACCAUGACUGCAGUCAAAGAGCAGGAUCAAGAAGUAUUCCAGACAGCACGACGCGUAUAUUGGACCGCCUUCAUUUUAGAUCGAUUCCACGCCUCUAGUCGGUCCAAGGACAUGAUGAUCCGGCGACAUGCUGGAACCCUUUCCCGUGACGAUUACUCGGCACUAGGGGAAGUCGGCUAUUACCUUGCGCGUACCGCCCAAGUCGUAGGACGAAUAGCGUACGUCAAUCGAGCAGGCAGUAUCCUGAAUGUUGAGCCAGCUUUUGCCUUCUCAGCGCUCAAGCCUGGUUCUGCCGAAUCGGAGUAUCUCAGCGGAACGCUCGACCAACUGAAGCAGUCAAUCGAACUAACCACUCUGACACGGAAUUCUCCGCCUCACCUCGCACACCAGUAUCUCCGCUUGUUUAUAGCACGACUUUCACUAGACAACGUUCCUUCGGUUGAAGUAUUCCACCUUGCCAAAGAACUCCUCGGCAACCUGGCGAGCGGCGCAAUAACACCGUUACACCACAUCUUUGCCGCACUGGUUGCUACCUCACUUACCGAGCUUUCCGACCGAGUUGAGAUGCAAGUCGACGCACAUGCGAGUAUCAAGGAGAUGACGGACGCCUUGUCGAAUGGACAGAUCAUUCAUCGGAGUUCGGAUGGCUUCGGUUGGGAAACAGCAAUUAGGGAUCUGUUACACCAGAAGAAGGCCUCCACGCCACCUUAUAGUGCCUCCGAGCAAGCCAGUCCGGCAUUGGAACCCAACAUGGCUGGUCUACAGCAUCUCGCCGCAGCCGCAGUUGGAGAGCGAGAGGGAACUGGUGAUAACCGUCCCGACAGUUCUUCGCAACAAAAAGUUGACAACGACCUUUCCGCUGCCAUGGCUGCCGCAAGCGAGGCAGCCAAGGCACAAGCCCAGGCAACUGCUGCCGCAGCCCAAGACCUGUUUCACUAG